AUGACUGACGGCAUGCAAACAACGCCUGUAUCUGUCCUUGUAAUGUGCCACACGCGAGAAUUGGCCUUCCAGAUCAGCAAAGAGUACGAGCGCUUCUCCAAAUACAUGCCCACUGUCAAGGUGUCGGUGUUCUUUGGUGGCCUGGCUAUCAAGAAGGACGAGGAAGUAUUGAAGAAGAACUGCCCCCACAUUGUCGUAGGAACCCCAGGACGUACCCUGGCCCUCAUCCGCAACAAGACCCUCAACGUGAAGAACAUCAAACACUUUGUGCUGGACGAGUGCGAUAGGAUGCUGGAGCAGCUUGACAUGAGGCGUGAUGUCCAGGAAAUCUUCAGGGUGACACCCCAUGAGAAACAGGUUAUGAUGUUCAGUGCAACGCUAAGCAAAGACAUCCGUCCCGUCUGCCGCAAGUUCAUGCAGGAUCCCAUGGAAGUGUUUGUGGAUGACGAGACCAAGCUGACACUCCACGGCUUACAACAGUAUUACUGCAAGAUCAAGGAUAGCGAGAAGAAUCGAAAGCUCUUCGACCUGCUCGAUGUACUCGAGUUCAACCAGGUGGUGAUCUUUGUUAAGUCAGUGCACCGCUGUGUGGCUCUGUCACAGCUGCUGGUGGAGCAGAAUUUCCCCGCCAUCGCCAUCCACAGGGGCAUGGCACAGGAGGAGCGGUUAUCCCGGUACCAGCAGUUUAAAGACUUCCAGCGACGAAUCCUGGUUGCCACCAACCUGUUUGGCCGAGGCAUGGACAUCGAGCGAGUCAACAUUGUCUUCAACUACGACAUGCCAGAGGAUUCUGACACAUACCUUCACAGAGUGGCCCGUGCCGGCAGGUUUGGCACCAAAGGCCUGGCCGUCACCUUUGUGUCUGACGAGGCUGACGCUAAGACCCUGAAUGACGUCCAGGACCGCUUCGAAGUCAACGUAGCAGAGCUACCAGAGGAGAUUGAUAUCUCCUCUUACAUUGAACAGUCCAGAUGAGUGUGAGGUGUCUUAUCAGUGGAGAACGUGUGUGUGACCCGUGGUGUGACCGUAUUUUGGUGGAUGAGAAAAAAAACCUCAACAUUUAUUUUAAAGUCCCCCUACGACUAUAUGUGGCAUAGUUCAUAAUGAUAAAAACCUUUUUGUUCUUCGCAGGGUGCUUGUUUUUAGUGUU